UUUUCCCCAUUACCGCUGCGCACGCCCCUCUUCUUUUAAAAACCCGUCUUAUAGCGGAAGGAACUGAAUUAAGCCACCCCAUUAGUUUUAAAAAAUGGCAAACAAACUCAAAGUAGAACAACUUCGCGCCGAGCUCGCUAAGCGUGGACUCGACACCACCGGCACCAAACCUUACCUGGUGGAGAGACUGGAAUCAGCAGUAGAGCAAGAAGAGAAGAAAUCAAAUAGCGCAGUUAAUACUCGAGGCAACAAGAAAAGAGCAAGGGAAAGUCAAGAACAAGAAGAAGAUUGCAGUAAUGGAGCAGAGAAACUCACGGCUGUUGAGAAGUUCCGUGAAAUGAAUAUCAAGCUGUUACGCGAUGAAGCGAAGGUUUUAGGAAUUUCCACUGCGGGGACGAAGAAAGAAUUAGUAGAGAGGCUUUGUAAUAGUGUUUCGAACGCUGACGGUUCUUCUGGAGAUGCUGUUCUCGCUAAAGAAGAAGAAAAUGACUGUAAAAAGGAGAAAAUAGUAACUGCGACCAAGAAGGGAGCGGCUGUGCUGGAUCAGUAUCUUCCAGAGCAGAUAAAGUCUCAGUAUCAUGUUAUGCAAUUGGGUGAUGAUGUGUAUGAUGCCAUGUUAAAUCAGACAAAUGUUGGGGAUAACAAUAACAAAUUCUAUGUCAUUCAACUUCUAGAAUCUGAUGAUGGCGGUAGAUUUAUAGUCUACAAUAGAUGGGGAAGGGUUGGAGUGAGGGGUCAAGAUAAAGUAUUUGGUCCUUACACUUCUCGAGAUACUGCAAUUUAUGAAUUUGAAGAGAAGUUCUACACUAAGACGAAGAACAGGUGGUCUGAAAGAAAAGAGUUCAAAUGUUUCCCAAAGAGCUAUACUUGGUUGGAAAUGGAUUAUGGUAACAUUGAGAGAGAUUCAGAUGUAAAAGAAAAGUUGGAUUCUGGUUUAGCAAUUCAACCUCGGGAAACAAAACUCGAUCCACGUCUUGCGAAAUUUAUAUCUCUUAUAUGCAAUACGAGCAUGAUGAAGCAGCAGAUGAUGGAAAUAGGAUACAAUGCUAAUAAACUGCCUCUUGGCAAGCUAAGCAAGUCAACAAUAUUAAAGGGCUAUGAUGUCUUGAAGAGAAUUGCUGAUGUAAUUAGCGCCGCAAAUAUGGUACAGCUUGAGCAAUUGAGCGGAGAAUUCUACACUAUUAUACCCCAUGACUUUGGGUUUAAAAAAAUGCGUGAGUUUGUCAUUAACACUCCUCAGAAGCUUAAACACAAACUAGAAAUGGUUGAAGCAUUAGGCGAAAUUGAGCUUGCAACUAAGUUGUUGGAGGAAGAACCUGGAGUACAGGAAGAUCCAUUGCAUUCUCAUUAUAGUCGCUUGCACUGCGAACUGGCACCAAUUGAAGUUGACUCUGAUGAAUUCUCUUUGAUUGCAAACUAUAUGAAGAACACACAUGCAAAAACUCAUUCACAGUACACUGUUGAUAUUGUUCAAAUAUUCAAGGUCUCAAGAGAUGGUGAAGAUCAAUGCUACAGAAAGUUUGCCUCCACAAAAAACAGAAUGCUUUUAUGGCAUGGUUCUCGCCUCACAAAUUGGACUGGCAUUCUAUCCCAAGGCUUGCGCAUUGCUCCGCCAGAAGCACCUGUGACUGGCUACAUGUUCGGGAAGGGGGUUUACUUUGCUGACAUGUUCUCCAAAAGUGCAAAUUAUUGCUAUGCUACAGCUGCCACUUCUGCUGGUGUGCUUCUUCUAUGUGAGGUUGCGCUUGGAGACAUGGCUGAGCAUUUAAGUGCUAACUACGAUGCUGAUAAGUUGCCCCCAGGAAAACUAAGCACAAAAGGAGUUGGUGAAACUGCUCCAGAUCUCUUAGGUGCCAAAACACUCGAAGAUGGCGUCAUUGUUCCUCUCGGCAAACCAAAAGCGCAGAAAGGUUCUAAGGGUGCUUUACUGUACAAUGAGUUCAUAGUCUACAAUGUAGCUCAAAUAAGAAUGAGAUAUGUAGUUCAGGUGGAUUUCAAAUACAGGAAUUGAUUAACAUCGAAAAUAAUUAAUCUUCCUGUAUUAGUCUUCCAGUUAAACGAUGUAAACUUAGUUUUGUAUAAUGCGAUAUAUGCCUAUGCUGCAUAUUAUCUAAUGUAUAUUAUAUUGUACAUAUGAAUAACGCCUUUGAAACUUUUGAGCUCAACAAAAGAAUCAAUGGCCAUACCAGAAGUGAAUGCUUGGAGAAAAAAAGGGUUACGUGUUAUAUCAA